UCGCCUGGCAGGUCAGCUGCUCUGUGUUUCAGUCUGAAGCCGUUGGCUGCUGCUACGGAACCGUUUGGCUCUUUUCUCUACUAGCGAGCAACACUACAUUCAAGACCCGACUGUACAACCAGCUCAAUUUUAAGGGGAUUUAUCACCAUAUAUGCCCGUAUACUCAAAACACAUCGCUCCCUGGGAAUUCCAGGUACCGGUUGGCCGGUUCCGAAGGCCGUUAUAACGCUCUUUUCGAGGUGUAAUUAGAGCUUGAAAACAGCGGUGGUAGUAGAGGAGAUUCCAUAUUAGGAGCACAGAGGAGAAGGCACCCCCCUUGUGUGAUUUGGAGCUUUUGGUUCCGAGCCCAUGGUUUAAAGUCCAGACUGACUGAACACAGAAGUGGUGCAUCCAGACUUACUUCUGGGGCUAGGCGUGUGCGUGCUGACCUCAUGGUGUAACAGGAUUAAAGAUGAGCAUUAGCAGUGAUGAGGUCAACUUCCUGGUCUACAGAUACCUACAGGAAUCAGAUCACCUUCAAAGAAGCUCCAACGUGACAGAAUUUCUUUAAGGGUUCUCCCACUCUGCGUUUACAUUUGGUAUAGAGAGCCACAUCAGUCAGUCCAACAUCAACGGUGCUCUGGUGCCCCCUGCUGCCCUCAUCAGCAUUAUUCAGAAGGGUCUGCAGUAUGUCGAGGCUGAAGUCAGCAUCAAUGAGGAUGGCACGUUAUUUGAUGGGCGACCCAUCGAGUCCCUAUCCCUCAUUGAUGCGGUGAUGCCAGACGUGGUUCAGACGAGGCAGCAGGCUUACCGGGAUAAAAUGGCCCAGCAGCAGGCUGCAGCUUCAGCACCAGCCUCAGCUGCAGGAGGCAGCAUAACCGGGAACGCCAAGAAUGGAGAGAAUACUGCCAACGGGGAGGAGAACGGAGCCCAUGCCUUAGCAAACAACCACUCAGAUCUGAUGGAAGUGGAUGGAGACGUGGAGAUCCCUCAGAAUAAGGCAAUGGUCCUGAGAGGUCAUGAGUCCGAGGUCUUUAUCUGUGCCUGGAACCCAGUGAGCGAUCUGCUGGCGUCUGGGUCUGGUGAUUCGACAGCUCGCAUCUGGAACCUGAGUGAAAACAGUACUAGCAGCUCCACACAGCUGGUGCUGAGGCACUGCAUUAGGGAAGGAGGACAGGACGUCCCCAGCAACAAAGACGUCACCUCACUGGACUGGAAUAGUGAGGGCACACUGUUGGCUACAGGCUCAUAUGAUGGCUUUGCCAGAAUAUGGACAAAAGAUGGUAAUCUAGCCAGUACACUGGGUCAACACAAAGGUCCCAUUUUUGCCCUGAAGUGGAAUAAAAAAGGCAAUUUUAUCCUCAGUGCUGGAGUAGACAAGACUACAAUCAUAUGGGACGCCCACACAGGGGAGGCCAAGCAGCAGUUCCCCUUCCACUCAGCCCCAGCUCUGGACGUGGACUGGCAGAGCAACAACACGUUUGCUUCCUGUAGUACAGACAUGUGCAUCCACGUCUGUAAACUGGGACAGGACCGGCCCAUUAAAACAUUCCAGGGACACUCGAAUGAAGUUAAUGCAAUCAAGUGGGACCCCACGGGAAACCUGUUAGCAUCCUGCUCAGAUGAUAUGACCUUGAAGAUCUGGAGUAUGAAGCAGGAUUCGUGCAUCCAUGACCUGCAGGCCCACAGCAAAGAAAUCUACACCAUUAAAUGGAGUCCUACUGGACCAGGAACCAACAAUCCCAGUGCUAACCUCAUGCUAGCCAGUGCAUCGUUUGACUCCACGGUGCGUCUCUGGGAUGUGGAUCGAGGCAUCUGUAUCCACACGCUGACCAAACACCAGGAGCCGGUGUACAGCGUGGCUUUCAGCCCCGAUGGGCGCCAUCUGGCCAGCGGCUCUUUUGACAAAUGUGUGCACAUCUGGAAUACACAGACGGGGGCGUUGGUGCACAGCUACAGAGGGACAGGCGGCAUCUUCGAGGUGUGUUGGAACGCAGCAGGAGACAAAGUGGGAGCUAGCGCGUCAGACGGAUCUGUGUGUGUAUUAGACCUGCGGAAAUAGUGCUGCUGUUUGUUGGAAGCCAUGGACCGACCAUGAAUGUGUACAUAGCCAAAUGACUGUCCCUGCCUGCCCUGCGUACUGCUCACGCUUACGACUACGGCCCCGCCCACCGACAAACAGGAAGCAGGAUACAGGAACAGGACGCAAGUACCCGACACAGCAGGUCCAGACGUGGGG